ACCGAGAGCAAAUGCAAUGUUCCUUAUUAGCAAAUUGUAGAUCCGCCAGCAACAGUCGAGAGUUCAAGUGUCAUUCGGAAGCCAAGCCAAAAAAAAAAAAUACGUUAAUCUAGAGGGGAAAAUGGUUUGUGCAAUGCAGGAGAUGCAGCAGCAGCAACAACAACAACAGCAGCAGCAACAACAGCAGACCAUGCAGCAGCAUGGUACUACCAUAGUUCUGCUCUCGGGGAUUGUCCCGAUGCAGCAGCAGCAGCAAUCGCCCCCGCAGCAACAUCCCCAACAACAACAGCAGCAGCAGCAGCAGCAGCAGCAGCAGCAUGCCAAGAGCCAACAGCUGAAGCAGCAGCAUUCGGCCUUGGUCAAGCUGCUGGAGUCGGCGCCCCUCCACAAGCAGCAGCAGCAGCAACAGCAGCAGCCACCGCAACGCAAAAGACUGAAAAACGAGGCAGCAAUCGUGCCACACCACACACCUGCAGCAAGCCCAGCAAAGACAACCACCAACAGCAACAGCAACAAAAACAGCAACAGCAACAGCAACAACAACAACCAUAGUAUUAGUCAGCAACAGCAGCAGAUCGUGCUGCUCCUGCAGCAAACACAACAGCCAGCAGUGGCUGUGGCAGUGACAGUGGCAGCCACACCAAAGCCCUGUCCAGAUCUGAGCGCCAAAAAUGACAGCGAGUCGGGCAUCGACGAGGACUGUCCGAACAGCGAUGACGAGCCGACAGCCACCUCCCUGGCCCACCCACUGCCCGCCGGGGAGGAGGGAUACGAGCAGUACCAGUGUCCCUGGAAGAAGAUCCGUUAUGCGCGAGAGCUAAAGCAGCGCGAAAUGGAGCAGCAGCAGCAGCAGCAACAGCAGCAGCAGCAGCAGAAGGAGAAGCCACCAGCAGCAGCAGCAGCGGCUGUUGUCCCGCCGACCGCCAGCAGCAAGCGUCACCCGCUGCACUGUGAUAGCCCCUUUUCCGCUCAGACCCACAAGGAGAUCGCCAAUCUGUUGCGGCAGCAGUCCCAGUCCCAGUCGCAGUCGCAGUCACAGCCCCUGCAGCAGCAGCAGCAGCAGCAACAUCCUCAGCAACAGCAGCAGCAGCAGCAACAUCCUCAGCAGCAGCAGCGGCGCGACAGCUCCGACAGCAAUUGCUCGCUGCUGAGCAACUCCAGCACCCAUUCGGCGGGCAAUGGCUGCACCUGCAGCAGCGACGAGCAGCAGUUGGAGGAUCUGGAGGCCCAGGAUUCGGGCUGCGAUGACGAGCUGUGCGAGCAGCACCACCAGCGCCAGGACUUGGACUCGUCGCAGCUGAAUCUUCUCUGUCAGAAGUUUGACGAGCAUCUGGACACGGCCCUCAGCAACAGCGGCAAUCCGGGCAGAGUGGCGGCAGCCAACGAAGAUGCCGAUGGCUUCUUCCGUCGCUCCAUACAGCAGAAGAUCCAGUAUCGGCCCUGCACCAAGAAUCAGCAGUGCAGCAUUCUGCGGAUCAAUCGCAAUCGGUGCCAAUAUUGUCGCCUGAAAAAGUGCAUUGCCGUCGGCAUGAGCAGAGAUGCUGUGCGCUUUGGUCGCGUGCCGAAGCGAGAGAAGGCGCGCAUCCUGGCCGCCAUGCAGCAGAGCACACAGAACCGGGGCCAGCAGCGGGCCCUGGCCACAGAGCUGGACGAUCAGCCCCGUCUACUGGCCGCCGUCCUGCGGGCCCAUCUCGAGACGUGCGAAUUUACCAAGGAGAAGGUCUCGGCCAUGCGGCAGCGGGCCCGCGAUUGCCCAUCGUACUCGAUGCCCACAUUGCUGGCCUGUCCCCUCAAUCCCGCCCCCGAGCUGCAGUCCGAGCAGGAGUUCUCGCAGCGUUUCGCCCACGUGAUCCGCGGCGUGAUCGAUUUCGCGGGCAUGAUACCCGGCUUCCAGCUGCUCACACAGGACGACAAGUUCACGCUGCUGAAGGCGGGCCUCUUCGACGCCCUGUUCGUGCGCCUGAUCUGCAUGUUCGACUCGUCGAUCAACUCGAUUAUCUGCCUGAACGGGCAGGUGAUGCGCCGCGACGCCAUCCAGAACGGGGCCAAUGCCCGCUUCCUGGUCGACUCGACGUUCAAUUUUGCCGAGCGGAUGAACUCGAUGAACCUCACGGACGCCGAGAUCGGCCUGUUCUGCGCCAUCGUCCUGAUCACGCCCGACCGACCCGGACUGCGCAACCUGGAGCUCAUCGAGAAGAUGUACAGCCGCCUCAAGGGCUGCUUGCAGUACAUUGUCGCCCAGAAUCGGCCCGAUCAGCCCGACUUUCUCGCCAAGCUGCUGGAGACGAUGCCCGACCUGAGGACCCUCAGCACCCUGCACACCGAGAAGCUGGUCGUCUUCCGCACCGAGCACAAGGAGCUGCUGCGCCAGCAGAUGUGGAGCAUGGAGGAGGGACAGGAUCCCACCUCCGGCAAGUCCCCGGCCGCCAGCUGGGCCGACGCCAUGGACGUGGAGGCGGCCAAGAGCCCCCUGGGCUCGGUUUCCAGCACAGAGUCGGCGGAUCUCGACUACGGUUCACCCAGCAGCAGCUCGAUGCAACAGCAGGUGGCACAGGCCGCGGCCUCGCCGCCACAGCCAUCGGCAUUGGCCAGUUCGGCCCCACUUUUGGCGGCCACCCUCUCGGGCGGCUGUCCACUGCGCAAUCGCGCCAAUUCCGGCUCCAGCGGUGACUCCGGUGCCGCCGACAUGGACAUUGUCGGCUCGCAUGCGCAUCUCACCCAGAACGGCCUGACAAUCACGCCCAUUGUGCGCCACCACCUCCAACAGCAGCAGCAGCAGCAGCAGCAGCCCCACCCCCACCACCAGCAGCAGCAGCAGGCGCACGCCCAACAGCAGCAGCAGCAGCAGCAACAUGCCACACAGCAGCAGCAACAACACGCCACACAGCAGCAGCAGCACCAACACCAGCAGCAUCCGCAGCUGCACCACCACCUGACGGCGGGGGCAGCGAGUCGCUACCGGAAGCUGGACUCGCCCACGGACUCGGGCAUCGAGUCGGGCAACGAGAAGAACGAGUGCAAGGCGGUCUCGUCGGGCGGCAGCAGCUCCUGCUCCAGUCCCCGUUCCAGCGUGGACGACGCCCUCGACUGCAGCGACGCCCAGGUGUCCGCCGCCCAGGCGGUGGCCGCCGUCAAUCCACAGCUGAGCGUGGUGGCCGUCUCCCCGGUCCGUUCGCCGCAGCCCUCGAGCAGCGCCAACAUGCAUCUGAAGCGCCAGAUCGUCGAGGACAUGCCCGUGCUGAAGCGCGUCCUGCAGGCCCCGCCCCUGUACGACACCAAUUCCCUGAUGGACGAGGCCUACAAGCCGCACAAGAAGUUCCGGGCCCUGCGCCAUCGCGAGUUCGAGACCGCGGAGGCGGACGCCAGCAGCUCCACCCACAGCCUGGGCGCCCUCAGCCCGCGCCAGAGCCCCAUCCCGGCCAGCGUGGCCACGCCGCCGCCGUCGUCACAGGCGUCACACUCCCUCGCGGGUGUGUCCGGGCCGGCCCAGAGCCAGCUGCACAUGCACCUGACACGCGGCAGCCCCAACAGCGGCAGCCACGGCCACGGUCACGGCCACGGCCAGGUCCAGGGCCCCAAGGCCUCGAUGGCCAGCUCCCAUUCGGUGCUGGCCAAGUCGCUGAUGGCCGAGCCCCGCAUGACGCCCGAGCAGAUCAAGCGGAGCGACAUCAUCCAGAACUAUCUGAAGCGGGAGCCCGGCACCGCCGCCCUCGCCAGCAGCACCACCUCCUCGGCGAGCAUGGGCGGACGCAGCCCCAGCAGCCACUGCGCCUCGCCCUCGACCAGCAGUCCGCCGCCGCCGGCCCCCCAGCGCUGGGGCAGCAGCUCGGUGAUCACCACCACCUGCCAGCAGAGGCAGCAGUCCGUGUCGCCGCACAGCAACGGCAGCAGCAGCAGCAGCAGCUCCUCCAGCUCCAGCUCCUCCUCGUCGUCCAGCUCCUCAUCCAGCAACAGCAACAGCAACAGCAACUGCAGCUCCAGCUCCGUCGGCAGCUGCCAGUAUUUCCAGUCGCCGCACUCCACCAGCAGCUCCUCGGUGGCGGUCACAGCCCCGGGUAACGGGAACGGCAACGGCAACGGCAACGGGGCAGCCACUGCUGCCUCCUCGAGCCCCGCCCUGCUGGAGCUGCAGGUGGACAUUGCCGACUCGGCCCAGCCCCUGAACCUGUCCAAGAAGUCGCCAACGCCGCCGCCCAGCAAGCUGCACGCCCUCGUGGCAGCGGCCAACGCUGUGCAGCGCUAUCCCACUCUCUCGGCCGAUGUCACGGUGACAGCCUCCAGCGGCGGCGGCGGGGGAGGCGCUGUGGGUGGCAUUGGCGCUGGUCCGCCAUCGCAGGCGGCCAGCCCGGCACCGACCAGCAGCAGCCCGCCCGCCGCUGUGGCGGCCGUGCACAAGGUCAUGUUGGAGGCGUAAGCCCCAAGGCAGGAGAAGGUGAGACAGAGACUGACACAGG